CACGUGAUGCGCGACGUGUGUCACAUGGUACGGCGUGCUAGUCCUGUGCGGAGCGGCGUCUGGCGCCAUCUUGUCAGUGUGAGGUGGAGCAGGACGCGCCAUGCCGAACAAGAGGGCUUCGCGGAACGCUUAUUUCUUCUUCGCCCUGGACAUGAUCCCGGAGCUCCGGCGCCGCGGCUUACAGGUGUCCGGAGUGAAGGAGGCCAUCCCCCUGUGCUCCGAGGACUGGGCGUUGCUGCCGGCUGAGGCGAAGGAUCGAUAUGCCGAAAAAGCCAAAGAAUGGAAGAGCCGAGAAACGGAACCUCCCAGAGGCAGUCUGGUCAUGGGGUUCGUCCACGAGAAGUUGCUGCCGGCUGAGGCGAAGGAUCGAUAUGGCGAAAAAGCCAAAGAACGGAAGAGCCGAGAACCGGAACCUCCCAGAGGCAGUCUGGUCAUGGGGUUCGUCCACGAGAAGGAGCAGAAAUUCUGCACUGAGCUGAGAGAAGUAGGAAGAGAGCCGACCUGGUUCCACACGACACAUGAAGACUUGGAAAAACGUGUGAUCUACAUCAUCAAUAUCUUCAGCCACGGAGAGAUGCCCAGCCUGUGCGAUCAGCCGUAUGUCCCCUGCGAGAUCGGCUGUGUGCGCUACUCAUUGCAAAAUGGGGUCAUGGACUCCUUCCACGACUUCAUUGAUCCGGGAGAGCUGCCUCUUGGUUUCCGCUAUCACUGCCAGGCAGGGAGUGAUGCUACACAUCAGAUCCCUGUGUCUGGGUUUGAACUUGCAAACAGAGAUUACCACAACCUCUUCCACUCUCUGUGCAACUUUAUAAGUCCUCCCCCCAAGCGUGGGACUGCGGUGUACUGCAAGAAUGUUGACCUGUAUAGAGUCGGCUGGUGUCUUCAGUGGCUGUCUGUCAAAGCCGGCAUAGAGAAUCUUUUCCAGCUGCAGGAUAUAGAAAGCUUAAUCAUUAAGUUUUAUAGAGAAAAGCUCAAUGAAGAACCAUCCAAAUCCAGCGUGAACCGUCUGCUGGAUGUCGUCCAAUGGGAUUACGCAAGUAACACCAGGUGUAAAUGGCACGAGGACAAUGACAUGUGGUACUGUGCGCUUGCAAGCUGCAAGAAAAUCACUUACUGUAUUAGCAGAGCUCUGGCCUCUGUGUAUGACGUGACUCUUACAGCUGCUCACCUGCCCAACCUGCACCCGUAUGACAACCAGAAAUCUGACAACAGUAAAACGGUCAUCCUCAAUGCCAAGAGGUAUCAGAAGAAAAACUUUAAUCGUCCGUAUCUUGCUGAAAACGGUAGCGCUGCGGGUGCUGCAGGGGGGGAAUGUUCUCUGGGAAUGAGGGGAGUGAACUACAACCUCAGCAGCACCAGCCGGGCCCAGGGACGAGGAAUCCUGCGCCUGUUAGCGGAAAUGCCUGCCCCUUCCCCCUCCUCCGGAUGAACCCUCCCCCAUAGGGGGCCACCUUUUUUUCGAGAUUUCAGGUCUUCGGUUUUUCACCCUAUUUUGCAGAAUAUUUUGGAACCUCCAUGCAAUUCUGUGUUCUGUGUAUUGGCCACCAAGUUUGGGGUCCACUUUAUUUUAUUCAGACAUUGCUGUACAUUAUGACUCUUCACUUUUUUUGUUUCGCUUUUGUCAUGUUUAAUAAAAGAAACAAUGUAAAAUGCUACAUUGGGCUUAAGGGUCCGUCCACCCCCUACCUCCGGCACCAUGAUGCAAACCAGUAUUAUGUAUAAUUUUGAUUAAGAUAUCCUUCUGUUUUUUUGUACGCAGCACUUGUGCAGACUCGGAUUGUACAGUCCUGUGACCCCCAUGUCGGUAGAUUGUCUAAAAGAGGUGCUGAAAUGACUGAAAUUGAGUGCAGCUAGGUGAUCCGUCCACCGCCCAGCUCUGGUGCCAUUACACAAAACACUGUUACAUAUCUUGGUUAAAAAUAAAUAAAAAAUGAUCCUAUCGUUUUUGUGUAUGCAGCACCUGUGCAGACUCGGAUUAUACAGUCCUGUGAAACCCAAAACUCUUAUGUUGGUAGAUUGUCUAGAAGAGGGGCUGAAAUGACUGAACAUGAUGCAGGAUCUGACUACAAAGGGUUUGUUUGUAGCCUGGUAACCUGGGUGCCUCCAGCUGUUGCAAAACUACAGCUCCUAGCAUGCGUGGGCUACUCUGUAUAAUGUAUCAGUUCAUGUAACAGAUAACUUCUGUGUACUUUGUCUCCCUCUGCUGUCUAAAUUUAUAAUGGCAAUGUGUUUAAAUUUUUAAAGGGAAGUUCACACACCAUAGAACAUGAUUGUUUAUUACAAUAUGCCAGUGUUUUCCAACCAGAGGGCCUCCAGC